GUCGCUUGUGUCCGAGUAAAUGGUCGGUGGCGUAUAAUGUAUAGAGUGUCCCUUAAUCCCGCUCUGAUAAAACGCUCGCGGAAACUGAGUGCGAUCAUUUUUCACGAUCUUUUCCCUACCUUCUUCUUCUUCCAGGAGUGUCCCGAGGGAGUGGUGCACGAGGACUCGUUCAAGGACAUUUACGCGAAAUUCUUCCCGCACGGCAACUCCAGUCUCUACGCCCACUACGUGUUCAAGGCCUUCGACGUUAAUUGCAACGGGGCCAUCAGCUUCAGGGAUCUCCUCGUGACACUAUCGACCCUGCUGCGGGGCAGCAUUUAUGAAAAACUCAGAUGGACCUUCAAGCUGUACGAUAUAAACGGGGACGGCUGUAUCACCAGGAGCGAGCUGGGAGAAGUCGUGACAGCGGUGCACGAGUUGAUGGGGAGGAAACAUCACGCCGAGGAAGAGAGAAAGGCGAGGGAGCAACUGGACAGGGUCUUCAAGAAACUCGAUCUCAACCAGGACGGUGUUAUCACGAUCGAAGAGUUUAUCGAGAGUUGUUUGAAGGACGAGCCUCCAGCAACCACGGCAGUUAGCAACGCGACGCCGCCGACGCCGCUCUCGACGACAACGUUCUCGCAAUCCUUGUCCCCGUCGCCGCCGCCGCCGUCCUAUUCCCUGCUGCCGCCUAUCCCGCCGCCCUUGCCCUCGCAACCGCCACCCGGGUACACCGUCCAGGAUCAGGAGCUCUAUCUGCUCCUAGCCGCUCACUGGUGGAACCAACCGGAGGCGCCGCUCUUUUGUUGAAGGGCAACGCGAUAACACGGCUCCUAGAAUAGCAAUCGAGGUCUAAGUCUGUGGAAUCGGAAAAUGGACAUAUACAUACACACAAUACACACACACAUGCACACGCACAUUGUUGUC